UUUCCUUCUUCAGACACAAUUUAUACAAAAUGCAGGCUCUUUUUAGUCACCAGCUCGCUUAUUCUUCACUGGUGUCUCAUAUAAAAUUGUCGUCUCCAAUACAGCAAACUCUGCCACUGCAACAUGUCACAAAAAAUCAAUACAGAAAAGCAAAGUUUCAGAAGAGUUAUGCUACAUUAACAGGCCAACAUGAUUAAUGACAGGGGGCCAACUGGACCCCUGUGAUGGCGGGAGAAACUAUCACGAACAGGACAUUUCCUGUCUGGGACAAUCGAUAUACAAGUACAUAGCUUAAAUCACAAUAUCCAUGAUAAACACUUGCUCAACGUUGCAAGUCGAGAUAGAGAUAUUAAUCCAUCACAAGUACUCGAAAAAGAUGGCUUGGAAGAGGAAGCCGUUAAGGCAAAUGAGAUGCAAGAUCAAAUUGAAUGUAUUAGAGAAAUGCUGGGUACCAUAGGAGAAGGACGAAUGAAAGUCUCGCCCUAUGACACAGCAUGGGUUGCUCUCGUUCCGGCUCUUGAUGGAGAUGAUAGGCCCCAGUUUCCCGGAAGUCUUCGAUGGAUUGCAGAUCAUCAACUAUCUGAUGGUUCAUGGGGUGAUGAGCUCGUAUUCUUAUCAUAUGAUCGUCUCCUCAACACUAUAGCAUGUGUAGUUGCACUAAGAACAUGGAACAUUCAUCCCGAUAAGAGUGCAAAAGGAAUAACAUUUAUCAAGGAAAACAUACAUAAACUUCAAGAUGAAAAUGAGGAUCAUAUGCUCUGCGGAUUUGAAGUUGUAUUUCCGGCGCUUCUCCAAAAAGCCCAAAACUUGGGCAUUGACAACAUUCCUUUUGAUGCUCCGAUCAUGAAGGAGAUUUAUGCAGCAAGAGACAGAAAGUUGAAAAGGAUACCAAAGGAUCUCAUGCACAAUGUACCAACAACUCUACUGUAUAGUCUGGAAGGACUACAAGAUUUGGACUGGGAAAAACUCUUGAAGUUGCAGACACCAUUAGGAUCCUUCUUAACAUCUCCAGCCUCCACUGCAUUUGCACUUAUACAGACUAAAGAUGAAAAAUGCUUCCGAUAUCUGGAAGAUAUCGUCAAGGAAUUUCAAGGAGGAGCGCCUGCUGCUUACCCAUUUGAUUUGUUUGCACGACUCUGGGCCAUUGAUCGAGUACAAAGGCUAGGAAUUUCCCGCUUCUUCACUCCUCAAAUUAAGGAUUGCUUAGAUCACGUCUACAGAUAUUGGACAGAAGAUGGAAUCUUUGCUGGAAGAUUCGCAAGAUUUUCUGAUGUUGAUGGGUCAUCCAUGGGGUUCAGGCUCCUAAGAUUGCACGGAUACAAGACUACGCCUGAUGUGUUGAAGCAGUUCAAGAACCAUGACAAGUUUUCUUGUUUUGCAUGUCAAAUGAUUGAGUCACCAACCCCAAUAUACAAUCUCUAUAGAGCCUCACAAGUUCAAUUUCCAAGAGAAAAAAUUCUAGAAGAAGCUAGAGAAUUCUCAUGCAGUUUUUUACAAGAAAGACUAGCAUCCAAUAAAUUUCUAGAUAAAUGGGUAAUAUCAAAGCAUCUUCCUGAUGAGAUAAGGAAAGGAUUGGAAAUGCCGUGGUAUGCCAGCCUACCUCGUGUGGAGGCUAAAUAUUAUAUAGAACAUUAUGGUGGUGAAGAUGAUAUAUGGAUUAGCAAGACAUUGUACAGGAUGCCUGAUAUCAGCAACAAUAAGUAUCUUGAGCUUGCAAAAUUGGAUUUUAAUAGAUGUCAGGCACAACAUCAAAGAGAAUGGUAUUUUUUGGAAGAGUGGUAUGUAAAUUUCAAAUUGCAAGAACUUGGGAUAAGUAAAAAGGACCUUCUUCUUGCCUAUUUCUUGGCAGCUGCAAAUAUAGUUGAGCCAGAGAGGUCAAAUGUGAGACUUGCAUGGGCUAAGUCUCAAAUUAUUAUUAGGCUAAUGACAUUUUAUUUCACUAGAGAAACUAACACCUUGGAGGAAAGGAUUGAUUUACUAUCGAAAUUCAAAAACUUCAAGUGCAUAGGAAAAAGGAAAAGCUAUAAGACUGGACGAAGAAUACUUGAUAUUCUAUUAAAAACCCUUGACCAACACUCUAUAGAGACACUGGAAGAGCAUGACAAAGACACCAGCCACAAACAGCAUUGUGCUUGGGAAACAUGGUUGUCGAAACUAAACAAUGAAGAUCUUGAAUACAACGACGAAGCUGAGCUCCUAGUACACACAAUAAACACUUGUGCUGGCUAUAUGGUUUCUGUGGACAUGUUGCAGCAUCCAGAAUACAAGAAGUUCUCCAAGCUCACAAACAAAAUCUGUCAUCAGCUUAAAGAAUAUCAAAAUAACAAGGUACAUGAAAUGGGAAACAGAGACAAAGUAACUCACGGCAUCAAAUACAAGGAAAUUGAAACUGAUAUGCAGGCACUAGUGCAAUUAGUCCUUGAAGAAACCAAUGAAAUUGAUUCAAAUAUCAAGCAAACAUUUUUAAUGGUUGCAAAAACUUGUUACUACACGGCCUUCUUUGAUCAAGAAACCAUUGGUGUCCACAUUUCCAAGGUAAUUUUUGAAAGUGUGUGACAUAGUGAUUGGCAAAUCUAUGUAUGAAAAUUAGUUAGAAAAAAGUGUUAUCUUUUUUGUAAGUUGUAUUACUUGCAGUAAUAAAUAAAGUCUCGGAAAUGUAAUUUCUAAUAUUUUCUUU